AUGGUCUUCACCGGGUAUCUAAUCCCACUCCUCACACUAUCAGCCCUAGCUCUAGCAAGCUACACCGGAAACCUUAACUACCGUAGCCCAUCCCUCCGCCACGCACGUCUUGGAAUCGACCUCGAAAAGGUCACAGCCCGAAACCUCUCCAAGCGCGAUGAAGCCCCCUACGAACCCUUCCAGAUGAAUUUCACCCAUGGUGUUGCUUCAGGAGAUCCUUAUGCGGACAGUGUGAUUCUGUGGACGCGCGUGGCACCGAGUAUGGAGUCUGAUGAGAGUGAUGUUACUGUUUCUGGGGAUGUGCCGUUGUAUAAUCAUGAGACGGAGAGGUAUGUGAAGGCUUCUGCGCAUCCGGUUUGUGUGAAAUAUCGGGUGUUUGAUAAGGAAGGGAAAGGGAAGGUGAUUGAUCAAGGGAUGGCGUGGACAAGUAGCGAUAUCGAUUAUACUAUCAAGGUUGAGGCCAAAGGACUUGAUCCUUUCACCACCUACUAUUAUCAGUUCAAUGUCUGUGACUCCGAUGUGGUCAGUCCCCUUGGAAGGACCAAGACUGCUCCUACUGCGAAUGGAGACACGGAGGAGAUCAAGCUCGCGGUUCAUUCUUGCAGCCAGUGGCCGAAUGGAUAUUUCAACGCUUAUGGAAAUGUCGUGAGAAAGGAUAACGUUGACUAUGUGGUUCACCUCGGUGACUACAUUUACGAAUACGGAUCCGACGCAGCUGAGGUCGAGCGAGUUCAUAGCCCUGGACAUGAGGUUUUUACUCUGCAUGAUUAUCGGACGCGUCUGGGCCAGUAUCGCACUGACCACGAUCUGGCUGCGUCGCACCAGAAUUUUGCUUGGAUUCCGGUCUGGGAUGACCAUGAAAUCGCCAACAACGGCUACAGAGACGGAUUCAGCGGGCUGAACAACACCGAAGAUUCCUUCUUGAACGUUGGGCCCAAGGUCAGUGUUGAUCAACGCAAAAUGAACGCCGUCAGGGCCUACUUCGAGUGGAUGCCAAUUCGCCAGGUCGACAUGGAUGAUGGCCUCCGCAUCUGGCGCUCCUUCCAAAUGGGUAAUCUGAUGGAUCUGUUGAUGCUGGACACGAGGAACUAUGAUCGCAGUAUCACGUCUCUCGGUUGGAACGACGAAUACAUCGAACGAAUUCAAAACGACACUGGAAGAUCACUGAUGGGAGCACGACAGGAAAACUGGCUCUACAGACACUUAUCCGACUCUGCCAACCGAGGCACUACUUGGAGAAUAAUCGGAAGCCAGCUUAGAUUCUCUCGUCUCAAGCGGGAAAUUGCCGGAGAAGUCACAGUCAAUCUGGACUCUUGGGAUGGCUACCGCGCACACUAUAACCGCACACUAAAGCAUUUGUACGACAACAAGAUCGGAAACAACAUCAUGCUCGCCGGUGACACACAUACAAACUGGGUAAGCGACCUUGCCUGGAUUGGUGAGAAGUCCUACGACAGCACAACCGGCAAAGGUGCCAUUGGUGUCGAGUUCGCCGGAACAGCAGUGUCCAGCGAGGGUUUCGGGGGCACUAUCAGCGGCGCUGAGGCUGAAGCAGCGACAUACAAGAAGAACGAGGAGAUGAGAUGGACUGAAGGAUACUACCGUGGCUACUAUGAGCUGCAUGUUACGCAGAACGAAGUGCAGGCUAAGUAUUUCGGGUGUCCUACUGUGGCCAGCCGUAAUGGAUGGGAUCUUCCCCUUGCCAACUUCACUGUCAAGGCCGGGGAGAAUCAUCUUACACGGCCGGUUGCUGGGGGAGAGGAGGUGGAGGCUGGGUAUUUCCGGGAUGGAGAGGCGAAGCACUCCAAUAUUACUCUUAACACGGAAUCUGGCAAGUGGGAAGUGAUUGGGUUUGACCAGAUGUUUCUGAAGGUCUAGCCCGGAAGUUGUACACAAGGAAUACCAUACUGGUAAAUAGCGAUGCUCAUUUGUUGUUCUUGUUGAAGAUACGGACUAGAAAUUCCGUUGUACCGGCAUUUUUCAUGGCUACUAACGUCGUCAAUUACCUCACUGCCGCCCCUUAUUCUCGGCCUUGACCAUCGAACGACGGCCCAAAUUUGAGACUCAGUUGCUCCGAUAACCAGCAGCAAUCCGAGGGCGUAGUUGAACACUUCAGCCAAAACUGUAACUGACUCCCGGCACCGCAGACCGUGACAAUUCGUUCUACAGCUCGGUCACCACAGACGAGCUGGUAGAAGAAAAUCCGGAAAGCGACUGCGUAGUGGUUGGAAACGAAAUAGUAUAUGAGUGCAGGCACUGCAAUCAGCGGGGGUAAUAGCGUAAU